AUGGCCAAUGUCGAUGACCAUGACGCGAUCAAGGAGCUCGCGAGAGUAUGGGUCUUCUGGGUACUUCCAUUCGAAGAAAGACAAAGCAGACUCUGGUCUGGCUAUGGCGUUGAUGCCGAAGACAACAAAGAUGGCACCGUAGAAAUUGGCGAGGAUGGUGAGGACGCGUCUUCGCCCAAACACGUAUCCGAGCGCGCCGCCGAAGGCAGCAGUGAUGACAGCGUUGCCACCUAG